AACAUGGCUUGUUGCAAUUGUAAUGCUUAAAAAUAAAACAAAAAAUGGUAAACACCAAAUCUUUUAUAUCCAUAUUGGUUUCGUUUACGUUUUGCCUAUAUCUACUUCAGUAAUUUUAUCACAAUCAUUGGACAACAUUGCAAAAAAUGCAGUAGAUCAAAAUGAUGCAAUAGUUAAAAUCAAGGAAGCAGCUUAG